AUGGCAAACGUGAAAGAAACCAAAUCAGCUGAAACUCAAACAAGCAGUGAUGAAAUACAAAGACAUACACGUGAUGAGAAUGGGGCACUUUUUGUUGAUCGCUGUCCUCUUCUAUUUGGAAAAAUCCUCGCCUUUCUGAGGACGAAACGCAUCCGGCUAAAUGGGGUUGAUAUUGAUGAUAUGCUAAAUGAAGCCGAUUUCUACGGCGUUCAACCUUUAAUGGAUCGACUUAAAGUAUGCAAGCAGCUAAAAAGCUCAACGUGUGGAAACUUAGCGUUCUGUGGUAUAAAACCACCAAUGGAAAACAACUUUCCCAUUAAUGAUUGGACUGAUACGGAAGCUUUGGCGCCAAGGUCCAGAAAUGAAGAAGUUUUAGCACUUUGUGCUACAGAUAAAUGGAUAGCUGUUGCAUACGCAUCAAAAAUAGCCUGUUACUCAACUCGGCAAUUCAGCGGCGAGGCUUGUCCGAAUAAUACAUUUGUGACUUGGCUGCAGCCAAUUCCUGAUGGCAAACCUUCUUUCCUCGCUCUUAAGAUUUUAAAACAGUCAUCGCGAGAAGAAAGGUCAGAACAAUUGAUAGUUGCAUGUGUGACUAACAAUGGGAUCUUCAGGCUGGAGGACAAUAAGAUAAUACUGACUGAUCUUUAUCAUGAUCAAGAAAAUGACGCGAUCACAGCUUUGAAUGUUCGAUUGGCGACAAGCAACAACGUUAUUGAUCUGGGUGCUAUGGAAAACCAGUUUUACUUCGAGAUAGCCUAUGGAACUGCUAGUGGCCGAGUCAAAUUGAUUUCAGAACAUGCUGAAACGAUAGGACAAGGACCCCAGCUUCUAUUUAGUUUCGCAGUCCAUAGAUCUCCUGUGAUUAAAAUCCUUCUUGCUGAAAAUCAUUUGAUCUCAAAUUGUGCCGAUAACCAUGUCAGAUGCUGGCAAGUCAGCAGGUUUAGAGGACUCCUGUCUAAAAACCCUCUACCGAUGCCUUUGACUAGUUUCAAGAUGUUGCACCUGGAGCCAAAUUUUUCGAGUCACGAUUACGUCGCGGCUAACCCUAUAGGCCCUCAUAUGUUGUCAGGUUCUCAAGUUUGGUAUCUACAAAAAAUAACACCCAAGGCGACGGAAAUGUUUGUUAUUUCGGCAAUGACCGGAGAAUGCGUGCAUAAGAUAGAAUCGGUUGAUAGUAGUCCGAUAAACUGUUUUUCCAUUACGGAAGAGUGGCGACGAGUUGGAGAUCCUACUCAGUAUGUUUUCACUGGACAUAAAAAUGGGACCAUACAAGUAUGGAAUCUGGCGGCGAUGAGACCUAAUACGAGCCAUAACAAUGUAUAUAACCCAAUUGGAGACCCGUAA